CCCCUUUCGUUGUUCGUUCCGUCCACCGUCCUUUGGAUCCUUUGGGUUUUGCAGGAAAAAAAGGCAUCAUCAUUUUUUGGUCUCUCUUUUUCAGCUCUUUAUUUCUUCUCUACCCAUUUGGAUCGUAUUUCAAGAACCAAGCGGCCGAUAAUACCAAUUACCCGUAAUCCAAUUUUUCUGAUUGGUGCAAAAUCGGAAACGCGCAAAUUCAAUUUUCCCCCCCUUUUUGUGUUCAAUCGUGAAUACGACGAUGAAUUUCGCUAAUCCAGGGGAUGGGAAAGGGCAUUUGUGAUUUCAAUCAGAGGGCCGUGGGAAGCUGGAGAGGUACAGGGAUAGUGGUAAAACAGAAGGUUUUGUGGCCCCGGAGAUGGACUGCCGGGUAUGCGUUCCGGGUGGGGAUUUAUGGGUCAAGGUAGGCGGCCGCGGUGGAGGCGGAAUCGGACUCGGGGGUGUGGCUCAGAUGGGAGGUUUUAGCCAUGAGAGCGAGCACGAUUUGGCUCUCAUGGUCAGCGAUUUCUUAGAAAAUGGGAGCGGUGGGGCCGAGUCUUGGUGUAGCAGCGAUAGCGAUUCUGGUGUCUCUGAUCUUCCUUAUCUUGCCGAGAAGAUUCUGUUCUAUAAAAAUCCAGUAUCCCAAUAUGAAAGUGAUUUGCUUUCGGUGGUUCACUCGCUCACGUUGUCGAUGAAUGAGAAGGAUUUGCACAUUAACAAUUCUGCUCCUUGCAACGCCAGUUGCAUUCGCUUUUCUUUGGUAAAGCUACUGAGACUCUCAGGUUAUGAUGCUGCUGUAUGUGCAACCAGAUGGCAGGGUGCUGGCAAGGUCCCUGGAGGAGAUCAUGAGUAUAUUGAUGUCGUUAACUACAGCUCUGGAAGCUCAGAGAGACUGAUUAUCGAUAUCGACUUCCGAAGCCAUUUUGAAAUAGCCAGGGCAGUUGAAUCGUAUGAUAGGAUAUUGAAUUCACUUCCCGUAAUCUAUGUUGGCUCUUCAGCACGGCUUAAGCAGUUUCUUCAAAUCAUGGUUGAAGCUGCGAAGUCUUCGCUUAAGCUAAACUCCAUGCCACUUCCUCCAUGGCGAUCCCUGGCAUACUUGCAAGCCAAAUGGCAGUCACCAUGCCAGAGAACGGUUAGUCCAGAAAAACAGCAGCAGUUGGGGAGCAGAGACAUUCUGAACCACAAGCAGUGCAGUGGGCAUUUGAAGAGACUUCAGUCAGUUCUCCAAUCGGAGAUCGAAUCAGAUCGGUUUUUGAGGCCAGUGAAUGGCGAUAACAUUAGGAAGAUAAAGCCUGAGAGGCGACGACACUCGUUGUUGAGAGCCGUUUGAGAUUGUGUACAGACGAGAAGGAGAAAUUUUGAGGAGGAGACGAAGAAUUGUGUACCGCGGAUUUUGAUAUUUUUUUGGUUGUUGGGUAUGAGUAUGAAAUAAGUGUGAACCCGGAUGGAGAUGGUGAUGGUGAAGGUGUGAGGUUCAUGCAGCUGCAAAAUGUAGAGGAAAUAAAAGGGAAAAGAAGGGUGCGACUGGGGAAAUUUCAGCUUCAUUUUGGGGAGUGGUUCUGGGUUUGCUCCUGGCUCCAUUUUUAUGCAGCAGCAGAGCAAGCAAACGUUGAUGUGAUGAUGGAUGGAUGGAAUACAAUUACAAUUUACGAUUACGAUUACGAUUACAAAUCACAACCAACGACAGGGAAAACACUGCUUGGUUCUUAUUUUGGGCUUCCUUAUACAAAAUAGAAUUAGAAAAUUAAUUCUUUUUGCCUUUUUUCUCUCCCGUAUUCCGUGCCUGUUGUUUUUGUGGGCUUUUGGGAACUCUUCAUUUUUAUCUCAUAUAUGUAUUUUAAUUAUUUUAUUUUAUUUUAUUUUUUUUAUUUAUUAAUUUAUUACUCUGUUAAAUGAAGCUGAACCCAUAGUAACGCCAUUUUCA